AACGUCGCAGCUAUCACGUGAUUGGCACACCAACCGCGCGACAAUAAAAAACCUAAAACUUCAAACUCGAAUGACGUUUCACAAUCAAAACAAACAAAAAUUUUAUCUCAGUAUUUUAAUCUUCGCCGCAAAUUAUUCCAGUGGUAUUUAAGACCUCGAUGGUUAACCAUGCCUGACGUAGAACCGGUGAUUUUGGUCCAUGGGGGCGCCGGCACCAUCAGCGACUUCGCAAAAGCCGAGCGGGUAAUCGCAGGGGUGAAAGAAGCGGCCAAAAAGGGGUACCAAGUCCUGCGGUCCGGGGGCAGCGUCGUGGACGCCGUCCAAGCCGCCGUCGAACUAAUGGAAGACAACGAAGUUUUCAACGCCGGUCGCGGCUCCUAUUUGACCCUAGACGGCGAAGUGGAAAUGGACGCCAGUAUUAUGGUGGGGUCUGAUUUAAGCGCCGGUGCCGUGACUGUGGUCAAAGACAUCAAAAACCCCAUCGCGUUGGCGCGGUUAGUGAUGGAGAAAACCGGUCAUGUGUUGCUGGCGGGUGAAGGGGCGAAGAGGUUUGCGGUGGAUCAGGGGGUAAAACCGCUGGAGCCUGGGGCUCUUGUGACUCCGGCCACGCUUGAAGCUUUGGCGAAGUGGAAACUGAAGCAUGGGGGCGCUCCGUCGGAAAUGGGGACUGUGGGGGCUGUCGGGAUUGAUAGCAAGGGGAGACUGGCAGCUGCCACUUCUACUGGGGGAAGAGAAGGUAAAAUGGCGGGGAGGUCGAGCGAUACGUGUAUGUUGGGCAGUGGCACGUAUGCGGAUGAUGAAAUAGGGGCGGUUUCGACGACUGGGCAUGGGGAAAGUAUAGCCAAGUUUUGUUUAGCGCAUGCUAUUAUUAGAGGGAUGGGAAAUGGGGAGAGUGCUGAUGAAGCCACGAAAAAAUGCAUUGAUGUGAUGACGCAAAGACUGAAUAAUACUGCGGGGGCUAUUACUCUAUCCAGGACUGGAGAAGUUGGAAUUGGGUUCAGUACUAAUAGAAUGUCGUGGGCGUAUCAAAAGAAAAAUAAAUUAUAUUUUGGAAUUGAUAAAAAUCAAUGUUCUUGUGAUGAUGUAUAAAAAAUUGUAAAUAUAAAACCUUAUACUGUAAAAAUAUAAAUAUCAAAACUG